CCGUCCCCCAGCCCUGAGCAGCAGGGGCAGGAAGCGGUGGCGUCACAGCCAGCAGCGCUGGUGUCAGGGGCCAGGAGGCUUCGGGGACAGCAGCGCUUUGCGGACAAGGACAGCCUGGGGACAGGGACCCUCCGGGGACAGGGACACCCCUGGGGACGCAGCCCUUCAGAGCGGGGCGCGGGGCUGGCACUGGUGCGCAGAUGUGGGGGCUCGGGGUCCUCAUCCCCCUCCUUGGUGCAGCGGGUGCCCUGCGGGUGAGCCAGGUCCCGGGCGAGCUGUGGGUGCCGGCGGGUGAGGAGGUGACCCUGUGGUGCCGGGUGCUGGCGGCCGAGCCCUGGGACCUGCUGCGAGUGGAGUGGGUGAAGGACGGGGCCCGCGGGGCGCUGUGUGCCGCCCGCCUGCGCCCCGGCACCAGCACCGCGCCGGCACCCUGCGGCCCCCGGCUCCGCAUGGCCUGGGACCCCCCCAGCGCCACCCUCAGCCUGCACCGGGCGCAGGGGGAGGACGCCGGGCGCUACCUCUGCCGGGUGACCGUCGAGAUCCCCCACCACGGCACGGCCACCGGCAACGGCACCCGGCUCCAUGUCACCGCAGCUGAUGGAGGCCAUCAGGCGGGGCUGGCGGGGGGGCUGGCGGGAGCCCUGGGGGGCUCAGCCCUCCUCCUGGCACUGGCUGUCCUCUGCCACCGGCACUGGCGCAGGACCUCAGACACAAGGAUCUACGUGAACAUGGCGCCCCGGGCCCCCAAGAAGCUGCUGCCACCCCCCAAGGUGAUGGAGAGCCGCACGUACCAGACGGGGCUGCACCGGGCACGGGGCCCCCCCACCGCCCCCCAGCCCUGAGGGGCUCUGUGUCCCUGUGUGCUGAGUCCCACCCCCCCAGCUCUGUCUUUCUGCACUCAAGAAAGGUGUUCUGCAGCACCCCAUCA